AUGACGUCAGGGACGAGGAUGCCGACGUGGAGGGAGAGAGAGAACAACAAGAGGAGAGAGAGACGUCGUAGAGCUAUCGCAGCGAAGAUCUUCACUGGCUUGCGAAUGUACGGUAACUACGAGCUUCCUAAGCAUUGUGACAACAACGAAGUGCUUAAAGCACUUUGCAACGAAGCUGGUUGGAUCGUCGAACAAGAUGGCACUACUUACCGCAAGGGGAGUAGUAGACCAGUAGAGCGUAUGGAGAUUAAUUCAGCAACGACGAGUCAAUGUGCUUCUUACAUUCCUAGUCCAGCCUCAUCCAACUUCAUGAGCCCUGGAGAUGGACAAUCACUCAUCCCAUGGCUAAAACAUCUCUCAACAACCUCAUCGAGUCUCCCUAAUAAUUACCUCUACAUCCCUGGAGGCUCUAUAAGCGCUCCUGUAACCCCUCCUUUAAGCUCUCCAACAUCUCGUACCCCUGAUCAUAAUUGGCAACAACAAAUCAACAACUCUUUCUUUGUUUCCUCAACACCUCCUAGUCCCACUAGGCAGCAGCAGACCGUUCCUGACUCUGAAUGGUUCUCAGGGAUUCAACUAGCACAAAGCGUUCCAGCUUCACCAACGUUUAGUCUUGUUUCAAGAAACCCUUUUGGGUUUAAAGAAGAUCAGUUGGCAUCUGGUGGGUCGAGGAUGUGGACGCCAAGUCAAAGCGGGACUUGCUCACCGGCGCCUAUUCAGACAGGAGAUGUUCCAAUGUCUGAAGCUGUUGCUCCUCCUCCUCCUCUUCCAGAGUUUGCGUUUGGGAGGAGUAACACAGAAGGGUUAGUGAAGGCUUGGGAAGGAGAGAGGAUACAUGAAGAGAGUGGUUGUGAUGAUCUUGAGCUCACUCUUGGAAACUCAAGCACUAGGUAAUUGGAAAAACCGGUUCAACCAAACCAAAUCUCAUAUGUCGUUUUAAUUUUAUUUUCUUAAGGCUCAAACACAGCUUUUAAAAUAUUCGUUUAUUUGUAACCAGCUAACCAAUCUUAAACCCGGUUUGUAUGGUUCUAAUCAGAUUAUGUUGUUUACAUUUUUCGGGUUUAUGUUAACAGUUACUGACUCACAAAUCACGUUAUUGUUUCAUAUCAU